AUGGCUUCGUCUACAAGUGACGUUAAACGUACAAUUUUUGUAAAAUGGAAUAAACAAGACUUUUUAUUUGAUUUACUUUUAACUCAAACAGUGUUUGAUUUAAAAUUACUUAUCUAUGAACAAACACGAAUAUUACCCGAUCGACAAAAAUUAAUGGGUUUAAAAAUGAAAACAAGCACCACUGUUGCGCCACUUGAUACAACAUUAAUCAACGAUCUGAAUUUAACAUCAACAACAAAAAUUAUGCUUAUGGGAACACCGGAAGAAUCAAUUCAAGAAUUAAAUACAGUAAAAAAACAAUUAAUAACAACGGUGACAGAAGUCACAACAACACACAUGAAUAAAGUACAGGAUGUCGACAAUGGUGUUGAAGUACCAGACUUGAGUGAAGGUCAAGAUGAAGAAGUAAAUGACACAACAACAGCUGAUCCAGAUCAAAUUCCAUACGAAAAACGCGAUGAAGUACGAGCAAAAAUUCAACGUCGUCUAAAUACUUAUCAAGCAAAGAUAUUAAAUUCACCACGCAUUGGUAAAAAAUUACUUGUGUUAGAUAUUGAUUAUACCCUAUUUGAUCAUCGUAGUGUGGCAGAAACGGGUGCUGAAUUAAUGCGACCAUAUUUACAUGAAUUUUUAACAGAAUCUUAUAAAAAUUACGAUAUUGGCAUUUGGUCAGCAACAAGUUUGAAAUGGAUCGAGUCAAAAAUGAAAUUAUUAGGUGUUGAAGCCAUCUCUCAAUUACGAACUACUUCGACAAUGUAUGAAUAUAAAAUUAUCUUCUAUAUGGAUAGUGGUGCAAUGAUAUCAGUGUACACAAAAGAGUUCGGCCUUCAAGAUGUGAAACCGCUACCUGUAAUUUGGGAAAAAUAUCCCGAUUUAUACACUCAAAAAAAUACGAUUAUGUUUGAUGAUGUUUCACGAAAUUUUUUAUUAAAUCCAUUUAAUGGUUUGAAAAUUCGUCCAUUCAAACGUGCUCAUUUUACUCGAACAACAGAUAGAGAAUUACAAAGGCUAACCACAUACUUGACGAUGAUUGCAAACUAUGAAGAUUUAUCACUGCUGGAUCACAGAAAAUGGGAACAAAUGAUUGAAACAGGAACAUUUAUUAAAAGAAAAUAA